AUGGCGACUGUUUCGGAUGUUUCAAAAGUCAUCUCAAACAUUUUAGUUCCACUUUCUUUUUCAAUUAAACCCAAACAAUUAGAAGCUGUGGUAAAUAUUUUAAAUGGAGUCGAUACCUUGUGUAUUUUUCCAACGUGUUAUGGUAAAAGUUUAAUCUACCAACUUUUACCAAGUGUGUGUUUGGAGUUAAAUAUAGCACCUUCACCACUUGUUUUAGUCGUUUCUCCUCUUAUUUCUUUAAUCCAAGAUCAAGUUUCAUCUGCAAAUUCGUUAAGUGCGUUAGGAUUAAAGGCUUCCAAACUAGAUUGCGAUGAUUAUGGGGAUAUUAUAUCUGGCAAUUUCAAUAUUUUGAUUGGCACACCUGAAUCUUGGCUUAAUAAUGCCAGGUGGAGAAAGUUUCUCUCAUCUAAAUUUGUACUGGACAAUGCUGUUUGCCUUGUUGUGGAUGAAGUACACAAAGUGUCAUGGGGUGCCUCACCAAUGAGCAAUGAGGACAAGCCAUUCAGAGAAGCAUUUGGUAGAAUCAGUGAAAUGCGGUCUAUCUGUCGUCAAGAUUUACCUAUUCUUUCCCUCAGUGCCGCUGUGGAUGUUGAUUUGACCCAGCUUGUUAUCGGAAGUUGCGGAUUAUCAAAAAAACUGAGAGUAAUAUCAGUAUGUAGUGACAGACAAAAUAUACGAUUGUGUGUUUUGAAUAUUUCCAGUAGGGAAAAUGUCCAAUGUCUGAAAAGGAUUGUUGACACUUUUUUAUCAGAGGUUUCUGAUACACAUAAGGUAAUAAUUUACUGUCGAUCAGUGACUUUGUGUGGUUUUGUUUACUACCACGUUCGUAAGAUGAUUGAACGAGAAACUUUGAAAUCUACCGACUAA